AUGCAGUUCUCUGCCGCCCUCGUCACGGCGUUCCUGGCCGCCACGGCCACGGCCCUGCCCGUUGCGGGCGACGACGGCGCCACCGCUGCGCCGGCGCGCCGUUACCGUCCCAUGCCGAUUGUCGACCACCGCCCUUCCGACCGUCGCAGCCCCGGCAUGCACAUCAUUGACAAGAUUCCCGUGCCGGAGAAGCGCGACGGCGACGACGGUGGCGACGACGACGACGGCGCCGUGGAGCGCCGCUACCGCCCCAUGCCCAUCGUCAACCACCGCCCUUCCGACCGUCGCAGCCCCGGCAUGCACAUCAUCGACAAGAUCCCCGUGCCGGAGAAGCGCGACGGCGACGACGGUGGCGACGACGACGACGGCGCCGUGGAGCGCCGCUACCGCCCCAUGCCCAUCGUCAACCACCGACCCUCUGACCGUCGCGGCGAGCCGGCGACUGAGAAGAGCGCCAUUGCAAACUCGUUUUGGGGCAUGCCCAUCAUCGACCACCGUCCCUCCGACCGUCGUCGCGCCGAGGCGGACGCCGCAGCUGCCCCCGAGGAGAAGAGCGCCGGGAGCGCUAUUGCCAAGGCCUUCUGGGGCAUGCCCAUCAUCAACCACAUUCCGUACCCGGGCAGACGUCGAGGCGCGGAAUGA